AUGAUUGUUCCUCUAUCAGCCCUGGCUCUCGCAGCCACUGCGCUCACUUCUACCGGUCUCGUUCAAGCCCUCUCUGCUUCGGAUAUCCCCUCCGACACCCCUAUCUCGACUCUCCUCUCUUCGGCGCAAUCACACUUAACUAAGGGCGAAACAAACGAGGCCUUGACGUACUACGAUGCCGCUGUCGCUCGCGAUCCAAACGACUACUUAACGUACUUCAAACGGGCUACUACCUAUCUCUCGCUUGGUCGCACGUCGCAGGCUACCUCGGACUUCAACAAGGUCUUACAACUAAAGCCGGACUUCGAAGGAGCGCAUCUGCAACUAGGCAAGUUAAAGGCCAGAGGUGCUGAUUGGGAUGGAGCUAUGGAACACUACCUCUUAGCCAAGCAGAAGCAAGGUUCCUCCGAAUUCGAGAAGCUGGUCGAGGCGCAGGGUGCUGCUAAAUUGGCAGAAGAAGCCGCGCAAAAGGGGAGCUGGGAUGAAUGUAUAAGUCAGGCCAGCGAUGCCAUCCUCGUCGCAAACCGAGCACCUAAUCUACGAGAACUACGCAUCAAGUGUCGAUUCGAGAAAGGAGAGGUCGAAGGUGCGAUGGGCGACUUACAACAUAUCCUACAGAUGAAAGCGGGCGACACUACUCCUCAUCUACAGAUCUCGGCUACCACAUUUUACGGCUUAGGAGACAUAGAACAGGGUAUAGCGCAGAUCAAGAAGUGUCUGCACUCUGAUCCCGAGUCCAAGCCCUGCAAGAAGUUAUUGAAGCAAGAAAAGAACAUUGAUAAGACGUUGGCAAAAGUCAACAAGGCUUUGGAGAGGAAUCAGCCUAUGACUGGCGUCAAACUGUUAGUGCCGUCUGGUGAUGAACCAGGUCUGAUCAACGAGGUGGAAGAGCAGAUUAAGGAGCACAAGAAGGCUGGUAUAAUCCCGGAACUCGCUCCCAACGUGUUACUGGCUAGACUAGUCGAGACUGCUUGCCAGGCUUACUACGAGGCAAAUAGCAAGAAGGCCAGCACAUAUUGUCAAAAGUCUCUAACACUGGAUGAGAAUUCUUUAUACGGUCUGUUACACAAAGCCAAGACGCAACUAGACGCCGAUGAUUUCGAGCCCUGCAUCGCAACUCUGAAGAAAGCAGCAGAAGCCAGACCGGACAAGAAUAACAUCAUCAACCCCCUAAUGCAGAAAGCCCAGGUCGCUCUUAAGCGCAGCAAGACAAAAGAUUACUACAAGGUCCUUGGCGUGUCGCACGACGCGGACGAACGACAGAUUAAGUCGGCCUACCGGAAGCUCACCAAGAUUCACCAUCCGGACAAGGCGGCCAAGCAGGGUUUAAGCAAGGAGGAAGCGGAGAAGAAGAUGGCAUCGAUCAACGAGGCGUAUGAGGUGCUGAGCAACCCAGAGCUCCGUGAAAGAUUCGAUCGCGGCGACGACCCGAAUUCUCACGAACAGCAAGGCAAUCCAUUCCAGCAGGGCCACCCAUUCAUGUACCAACAAGGCGGCGGCCAGCAGUUCCACUUCAAGUUUGGUUCAGGAGGCGGUGGCUUUCCGGGUGGUUUCCCAUUCGGUUAA